CUCCAUCCUCACACCCUGACAGAUUGUGUUUUACAGGGUCGGAAAUAGAUGCGCGAGAAGGGGCCUCGCAGAUCCCAAGUGAAAGCCGUGCUCAGCUGUCACCCACCCCAGCACCAGCUGCCGGCCCCAGACGGUUCCCAAAAUAAGCAGCCCACAGCUCCCGGGCACGGCGCGGCCGCUUCCCACCUGCCAGCCCCUCAGGGCCCUCUCAGCUCCCAUCCUGGGGGUGCAAAAUCCCCACCCCAGAGCUCAAUAGAGGAAUCCUGGGUACCACCAGACCUGAGCAUUUCUCCGUUCCCAAUUAGCAGGGCUUUAAUUGCGGCGUUCGUUGCUUGUUAGCAGGAAAAGCCAGAUGCUCUUAGGAGUGAGGCGAGCUGAAAGGAUCUUUCUCCCCACCCAAGGAAUAUUUAAGUAUGUCUCAUACAAACAUUUCCUUUGUGCCAGGAACAUGACUGCGGGGACGUGUGGGUGCUGCUCGGCUGCUGAUUCACCAACAAGUGCCAGGGUCCAUCUACCAUGGGAGCAGGGCAAAGCUGGAGCGGCACAGAGCGCUCCUGUGUGGCACAGGAUUGCAGCUCCGUGGCACGGCGAGGUCUCUGCUAUGAUCGCAGCCGGCGUGCCACCUGCCUGGCAGCAGCAUGGGCAGUGUCAGUAGCCUCAUCUCUGGCCACGGCUUCCACAGCAAGCACUGCCGUGCCUCGCAGUACAAGCUCCGCAAGUCGUCCCAUCUGAAGAAGCUCAACAGGUACUCGGACGGGCUCCUCCGCUUCGGCUUCUCCCAGGACUCUGGCCACAAAUCGAGCUCCAAAAGCAGCAAGAAUGAGGACUUCUUUUACAUCAAGGUCAGCCAGAAGGUGCCUGGCCCCCACCGCACGGACUACACUGCGCUGGGCAGCACGGAGCUGGGCCAGGCUGGGAGCAGCGGGGUGGACUUCGGGACACCCACACCGCAGAAGCUGAUGCCUUUCCCCAGCCAGCUGGAAGUGGGUGUGGAGAAGCCCACAGCACGACCCACCGCCUUCAAGCCAGUACUGCCCCGCUCCGGUGCCAUCCUCCACUCAUCCCCAGAGAAUGGAGCUCACCUCCCCACGCAGCUGCACCCCCUGGACAAGGGCAAGGAGCAGGAGCUGAAGCCGGUGCUGUGCUCAGGGGGGCUGUCCGACUCAGGCAGGAACUCCAUGUCCAGCCUGCCCACCCACAGCACCAGCAGCAGCUACCAGCUGGACCCCAUCGUCACCCCCGUGGGGCCCAUCAGCCGCUUCGGGGGCUCUGCACACAACAUCAUGCAGUGUGCCAUCAUCCAGGACAGCAACAUGAUGAGCCUCAAGGCCAUGUCCUUCUCCGAUGGCGGCAACAAAAUCCUCAACCCCGGCAAAGCCCCCCAGCACCGUGCCGCCGAGAAGACCACCUGCAUCCGUUCGCCCAUCUCCACGGACGAAUCCACCAUCCAGGAGCUGGAGCAGAAGCUGCUGGAGAGGGAGGGGGAGCUGCAGGAGCUGCAGCUGAGCUUCGAGGAGAAGGAAGCCAGCUCCUACCAGGUGUACGAGGAGAAGCAGCGGCGCUGCAAGGAGGAGCUGGAAGGGCUCAAGCAGAAGUGCAACAGCAAGCUGAAGCAGAGCUCGCAGAAAACCCAGCGCACGCAGCAGGUCCUCCACCUCCAGGUGUUCCAGCUGCAGCAGGAGAAGCAGCAGCUGCGCGAGGAGCUGGAGAAGCUCAUGAAGGAGCAAAACCUGCUGGAGACCAAGCUGAGGUCCUACGAGAAGGAGAAGACCAGCUUCGCACCGGCGCUGGAGGAGACUCAAUGGGAGGUGUGCCAGAAGUCGGGGGAGAUCUCCCUGCUGAAGCAGCAGCUGAAGGAAUCCCAGACCGAGCUCACCACCAAGACCACUGAGAUCCUCAGCCUGAAAGCUCAGCUGAAGGACGUGAGGGCCAAGAUGGAAGGGCUGGAGAUGAAGACCCAGGACCUGGAAGGCUCCCUGCGCACCAAAGCCAUGGAGCUGGAGGUGUGUGAGAACGAGCUGCAGCGCAAGAAAAACGAGUCUGAGCUGCUGAGGGAGAAGGUCAACCUGCUGGAGCAGGAGAUGGCAGAGCUGCGGGCGGAGAUGGCCGUGCUCCGGGCUCAGCUGAGCGAUGCCACCCGGCCCGGUGAGGUGCAGGCACUGCAGGGCGAGGUGGAGAGGCUGCGGGCCGAGCUGCAAGCUGAGCGGGACAGCAACGAGCAGAUGAGCUCCAGCUUCCAGCAGGAGCGACAGACGUGGAGGGAGGAGAAAGAGAAGGUGAUCCACUACCAGAAGCAGCUGCAGCAGAGCUACCUGCACAUGUACAAGAGGAACCAGAACCUGGAGAAGAUGCUGCAGCAGCUCGCGGCGGGGGAGGACGGCAAGGAGCCCAUCGAGCUGGACAUCCCCGGUGCUGACGUGCCCUACGAGGACAUCAUUGCCACCGAGAUCUGACCCCGCUCCUCUUUCCUGUACUGUUCAAUGAGCCAUGUAUUUAUUAAGAGGAGCCGGCGCCCGGCCAGCUCCUCGCCGCUGCCUGUCGUGUUCGAGGCCAAGAAGCCACUCGUGCCAAUGGUGACGUCCAGCAGCCCCCCCCUCCCCACCCCAUAUCCCCCUGACCCUUGUAGGACCGGCAAUGAGGGCAAACAGGGAAUGGGACUUGAGCAAACGCUCGGUAGCGGGAUGCUACCCUUGGUCCCAGCUCCCAGCUGCAGCCUGGACAGGGCAUGAAGCUGCUCCCCCGUUAUUUAUGGCCCCCACGUGACCCACUCCUGCCCUUCAGCUCCUGCAGUGCCUCGGGGAGGGCCCUGCACACGUGCACUACUUCACACCCACGGGAGCGACCCUCAGUGAGCAGGGACGGUGCCUUCCAGCUCCAGGGAGUAGAGGCUGGCAUGACCCAGAAGACAUCAAGAGGGGAUACCUAU